CUUUUCCCGAACCAUAUGUGACAUCUGUAAUUUUUUCAAGUAUGGUGAAUGAUAUAAAGUCUAAUCUCAAUGUUUUUUCGAAUGUGUACAAUUAAUUCAAAAUAUGAAACAAAAAUUUUUCAAAAAAUAUGUGAAUUUUAAAGCUUUUUACCCAGUAUAAUGCUUGUAAUUUGGAUAGGCCUUCUAUUUGGUAACUUCCUCCAAAUCUGCAGAUGUGGCACAAAUGAGAUUAGCUGGUCAACACAGAAAACUGCGCCAUCCUUGGAAGAAAAAGCGAAUAUUUCCAGUAACUUCUCACAAAAUUUAGAAAUCAGUGAUAUACAAACUGAGAAACUGGUAAGCUUACAACAACUUGAAGGAAGUGCUAAAAAUGUAGAAAAUUCUUUGAAUGAGAAUAAUACGUUGGUCAGGAGUGAUGUUGAAUCAACACUUGGGGGAAAUCAAAACAUUGUGGAAAAUACAUCGAAUGUGGAACCUAUAAAUGGGAUCACACUUGGAGAAAAUCAGAGCUUGAUGGAAAAUCCCUUAAAUGGAAACAUUACUAAGUUGGUUAAAAGAAAUAUAGAACGGGUGGAUGGUUAUUCCACAUUUGGGAGAAAUCAAGGAAGUGAUUUCAACCCUUACAAGUUGGGAAGAAGAGAAGAGAAUUUAGACGGUGGAACAGGUUAUGAAGAAGAUUUGGGUGAAGGAAAUUUCGAGAAAAUUCUCGGUGAUUCAUCAUUGGAUGAGAACGAUGGAGGUGAGAGAGUAGCAUCAAAUUUUGCGCCAUUUUAUCAACCUGCAGGGAGGAGUUAUUUAGGGGAACUCAGUCACAAAGUGACCAAACUCUUUGGAUGUGGAGAAAGUCAAGAUUAUUAUGAAAGACCGUUUGGUUCAGAGAAUAGUUUUAGUAAAUUUCGACGUCAUGAAGAAAACUUGAACAAUGCACUGACGUUCAGAGACAUUGUUGAGGGUAAUCAGCAGGCAGCGAUAAGAAAGGAUGCUAAUAGUGUAGGAAGUGAUUUGAGCUCAAAUUUCCAGGAAAAAAGGAGCAGUAAUGAUGACAAUGAUGAUAAUUGGCUGAUGAGCUCUAUGGCAUCUGAUAAGUCAAUAGUAGAUGAUGAUCAAUCAUCAAACAUCAUUAGCGAUGAUGAGGAAUAUUUGGCAGAGAACAAAGGGUCAAUGUUGAAUAAUGUGAUCAAUGAUCGUAGAUCAAGACAAACCCAGGAAAGGCCUACCGAAAAAAUGAGCAGUCUGUAGAUAAACAAGAUAAAGGAUCACAGGGAGAUGUCAACAUGAUCAAUGCUGAAAGUGGCGAGUCCAUUUUACAGGAAUCUGGGAAUUUAAUGGAGAAUCCGAGUCCAAGUUCUAGCUUUCAAGAAAACUUUGUUCUGAAAGUUGGAGACACUUUAAACGCAUCUCUCCUCACACUUCAAGAAAAUUCUGGUGAACUGAGUCAGGUAUCGGGAAGCAACAAUAGGAAAAGAGAAGUGAACAUCCUAGAAGAUAGUUCUGCAGAUGGAGAGUGUGAAAUAAUUGACAGUGAUAUCUCAGAGUUGGAUGGAACAAGAUUGGAAGAUCCCAAAGUUAGUGAGGAAUUUGAUAAAAAUCAGAGUGUUUCUUUACAAGAAUCUCAGAAUUCUGCUAAUGAUUUAUUAUCCAGCAAUGAUGGAGCUUUGGACCAAAAAAGUGUUUCAGAUGAGAAUCUUGAUUCAGAUUCUAAACCAACCAAUAAACAUAAGAGAAAUGAAGUGCAUAGAUUUAAAAAGAAAAUGAAAGGCCUGAUAAAGAAAACAUUGGAAAAUGUUUUUCCCCUGAAGAUGGAUGAUAGUUUUAGUGAACAGUCACAACCAAUUCCAUCAAUUGACAAUGGAGGAGGUAUACUUUUAAAGGACUUGGAUUUCAAAAAUGAUGAAAAAAUCCCAGAUACUAAUGAAAAAAACAAUUCGAAAUCUUCCUCAAGUGUGAAUGAUUACAGAAACAAAGAUAAAAAUCUUGUUUCAAAUAACGAGGAUCCCAAAUCACCAUUGCUAGAUUAUUUGAAGGAUUCUGUAGAAACAGAGGUUGAUGUUUCAAGUUCUAACAAUGUCAAUGAAGCCAAAUUGAUUCAGGAUCCUUCUGGAGAGUCAAUCAUGGAGUCAAUAGAUGGUGUCAAAACACUGAAGCUAUCAUCAGUGAAUUUUAAAGCUGAUGAUUCAGAGUCAAAUUUUGUUAGUGAUCAAUCAAGCAUGGACAAAAAAUUAGUAAAGAAACAAAAAUCACACAAUGCUGUCUCAAGACAUCCUAUGAGAUUGAGUCACAAAAACAGACACAAAAAGGUGAAUAGUGCAAAAGGGAAAAUAGUUUCAUCAUACAAUAGAAAUGGUCUUCUGAAAACAACUUCUCCAUCCUCAGUUCUUGAUUCUGAAGGAAAUAGUGGUGGUUUAUUCAGUUCAAAAUUGUUCAUUCAUGGAAAGAAAAGUCCAUCAAAGAACAAACCGCCUUUCAACACCAGCAAGAAGGGAUUAAAGGGGAAAGAAGAUAAACUUGAAGGAUUCUACCCAUAUGAAACCACAACAAAAACCAUGAAGGUACAUAAUAUGAAGAAAAAUGAUAACAAAAAUAAAUCAAGUAUAGCAGGUAAAAAGAUGGUCAAGGUGAAACUGAGUGUUUCCCCCUGUCAAUUCAACAAGGAUAAAUAUUUGAUAAAAAAUAAAUCUGCUUCAAAAGCAAAUGCCCCAAAGAUUUUGAGUUCCCGCAGUGUUAAACAGGACGUAAAGCAUGUGAACAAAAACGCAACAGAGUCAAGUAACAAAUUGAACACAACUACCUCAAAGAUGACAUCAGAGAACAAAUUUGAUGUAACAACUCAAAAACUGAUCAAGCAAGAAAAGGAAACAAACCCAUCAAAAGAGAAAAAAUCAGGAAAUGCCUUGGAAAAUGCAAAUUUCUUUGACAAGACCACACUUCUAUCAACAGAGUCAUCAAAUAAUGGACAAAAGGAGAAUAGCAAGAAAACUUCUGAGACAAAAGAUGGACAAUCAAACACUAGUUCAACAACUCUAACUUCCGUUCCUCAGAAGGAAAUCAAGGAUGCUUCAAUCCCUAGUUCAAGGAAAUCUGGUCCAGCACUGAGUAAACAUCCAACGAGUGGACAUCUAACAGGCAAAAAGCAAGAUAGUGCAAGCUUGAAAGAAGACAGGUGUGAAGGUGAUGAUGAUGACAAUGAUGAUGACGAGUAUGCAGAUACUUGUGAAAAAAGCACAAAGACAGUUUGUAAGUCACAAACUCCAAAGGAAUGUUCCACAACAGAAACUCCAUGUAAGUCAACAGAAAGUAAUGAUGAUGACGAUGUAUGUGACCCUUUGGAGGACGAUGGAAAAGGCAAUAAUGAGCCAGAAGGUCCGUGUGAACCUGAAGAGGAUGAAAUUGACACAAAAAAAUCGCCCUGUGGCACUACUGAAAAGGUUUGUGAAACAACUGAAGAUUCUUGUAAAAGUACUGAGGAACCAUGUGGAACAACUGCACCUCCUUGUGAAACUACUAAAGCUCCAUGUGACACUACUGAGCCUCCUUGUGAAACAUCUGAAGAUCCUUGUAAAACCACUGAAGCUCCAUGUGACACUACUGAAGCUCCUUGUGAAACAACUGUAGAUCCUUGUAAAACUACUGAAGAACCAUGUGAAACUACUGUAAAUCCUUGUAAAAUUACUGAAGAACCAUGUGACACAACUGAAACUACUGUAGAUCCUUGUAAAGCCUCUGAAGAACCAAGUGAAACAACUGUACCUCCUUGUGAAGAACCGACUGAAGCUCCAUGUGAAACUACUGAAGCUCCUUGCACUACUCCUGCAGCUCCAGAUCCCUGUACAACCCCUUGUUCUUCCAACACUGAGAGUGCUGAUGAAGAAAUGGAAACAGAUCCACCCUGCCAGACCACACCACUAUGCAAAACAGCAUCCAAAAAAGGCAAUUCCACCUCUGAAGUAGAUAAGGGAUAUGUUGACAGAAAUGAGGAUCAAGAUGACGAUGACGAUGAUAAUGAAUAUGAUUAUGAAAAUGAGUGAGCAGUUUAUGAUACGUUAAAAAAAUAAUAGUGUAUAGAUAGAACUGCCGGUUCCUUGAAAGAAGCUCAGGACUUGCUGAUCUGAUUAUGAAUUGCCGAAGCCAAAAGUAAUGGAAAGAUCAGACUAGAUAUUAUCAAGGAUAUACCUAGGUGAACUUCAAUAGCUUCUCUAGACAAGCUUUGAGAAGAAAUUUAAUUUCAUGAGUAUCACAAAAGACAGAAAUUGAGCAAAAUAUGGAUUAUUAUAUUUGACAUAUGAUAUGAUUAAUAAAUUAUUAUUUCUCUCGUCUUCUUGUUGUUGGAAUUUGAAAAAGGUUUACAGGUCUGAUUAUGAAUUGCCAAAGCCAAAAAUAAUGAAAAGAUCAGUCUAGAUAUUAUCAAGUAUAUACCUAGGUGAACUAUCAUCUUCAAUAGCUUCUCUAGACAAGCUUUCAGAAGCAAUUUAAUUUCAUGAAUAUUACAAAAGACAAAAAUUGAGAAAAAUAUGGAUUAUUAUAAUUAUUGACAUAAUGAUGAAUAAAUUAUUAUUUCUCUCGUCUUCUUGUUGUUGGAAUUUGAAAAAGGUAAAAUGUCUGGAUAUAAGUUGUGUAGUUGGAUUUUUUUCUAAUAAAGAUUCAAAUUAAAUUAAUGAUAACUAAACGAAUUGAAAUCAUGUCAAGUUGAACCCAGAAAACGAAUCAUCAUUUUUAAUAUAAUUAAAUAAAUAUCUCA